AUGGUUGGUGCUGAGAGGGUGGUGAAUCAGAACCAAGAACUUGUAGCUACUGCCAAGUUGCCUAAGGCGGUGCCAGUAGGAGAAGCGAUAAGGAGGCCUCGGGGCAGGCCAGCAGGGUCGAAGAACAAGCCUAAACCGCCAAUCAUCAUCACGAGGGACAGCGCGAAUGCCCUGAAAGCGCACGCGAUGGAGGUAAGCUCAGGGUGCGAUGUGAACGAAAGCCUAGUGAACUUUGCGAGGAGAAAGCAAAGGGGCAUUUCUGUGCUGAGUGCCACGGGGUGCGUGACCAACGUGACGCUGCGCCAACCGGCCUCUUCGGGGGCCAUCGUGACGCUCCACGGGAGGUUUGAGAUCCUGUCACUGCUCGGCUCAAUCCUCCCCCCUCCCGCACCCCCAGGCGUGACGGGGCUGACCAUCUACCUAGCCGGGGCUCAGGGGCAGGUGGUGGGAGGGUGCGUCGUUGGUGCACUCAUCGCCUCAGGGCCCGUGGUGAUCAUGGCCGCGACUUUCUUGAACGCCACCUUCGACCGGCUGCCAUUACACGAUGAUCAGGUGGUUUCUGCUGCCAAUCAGCAGUACCAAAACAACCAUCACACCCAUCAAAAUGUUGAGGUCUCAGACAUCUAUGGCUUGCCACAGAAUCUGCUCACCAAUGGUGCUUUACACCCUGCAGAGGUCUAUUCCUGGGCACCACCCAAGAAUUUAUCAAAACCAUAG